GUGCCACCGUGUGCCAGCCUCCGCCGUGUCCCCAGGGCCAGCGCGCCGAGGGCGAUGGUGGCGCCUGCGUGCCGGUGUCACCCGAGGGGGACGAGGACCGGAUCAUCGGGGGGUACCCGUGCCUGCCCCUGUCCCAGCCCUGGCAGGCGCUGGUCUACGGCCCCCUGCAGUGCGGGGGCGUCCUGGUGCGGCCCCUCUGGGUGCUGACGGCGGCGCACUGCGUCCGCAGGGGUCUCCGUGUCCGGCUGGGCGAGGAUGACCUCCGGCGGCGCGAGGGGACGGAGCAGGAGCGCCGGGUGACGCUGGCCCUGCCCCACCCCAACUUCGACCCCGUCACCCUGGACUCGGACCUGGCCCUGCUGCGCCUGGACCGGCCGGCGGCCAUCGGCCGGAGCGUGCGGCCGCUGGCCCUGCCCCGGGAGUGCGGCCGGCCCGGCGAGUCCUGCCUGCUGUCCGGCUGGGGCACCGUCACCACGCCCCAGGUGACGCUCCCGGACCGGCUGAUGUGCGCCUACGUGCAGCUGCUGUCGGACGCCGCCUGUCGCCGGGCGUACCCGCGGCGCAUCACGCCCAGCAUGCUCUGCGCCGGCGUCAGCAACCGCCGCGUCGACUCCUGCCAGGGUGACUCCGGGGGUCCCCUGUCCUGCAAUGGGACCCUGCAGGGCGUGGUCUCCUGGGGGCUCCAGACCUGCGCCCUGCCCGGCCACCCCGGGGUCUACACCAGGGUCUGCAGGUUCAUCCCAUGGAUCCUGGACACCAUGGACAGGAACUGA